UUGUUUCACCAACAAGAAAAUCAUCAUCUGCUAAUAUCAAAGAAAUACUUGACAAAUAUGUCAAUAAUGAUAAAAAAUUUUGCAAAACACACUCCAACUCUGCUAAUGACAUAAAAGACAUAUCAACCUAUUUGAAAUUUGUGGAUCAUGAAAAGGCAAUAGUGAAGCUGAUGAAAAAUAUGGACAAUUUACAUGAGCUCAUGACAAAUCAAAAAGAAUAUGCAGAGCCUUUGAAACAUCUAUAUUUUGCUGCUAUAGGAACAGCUGUUGUGAGACCUGAAAUUACAGUUGCAGAGAGAAAUGGUAUUGAUGCAGAAAGUGAAGCUGGAUUAGAAUAUCUGUUCAUUGAAAGAUUACCGUAUAUAACUGAUAAACAUAUUGAUGUUAUAAUGAAGCAUCAGGGAAAUACGCUAAAGACGUUGAAAAUCCUGGCAUCUGAAAUAAAUAUUUCUGAUGAUGUAAUGGAACGAGCCAAAAAAAAUAUAGGAGCUGUCAAAAUUAGAACAAAUGACACUUUAUUAUAUGAAGAUUUUGAUAUUCUUUCAAAUCGGAGAGACCAAUAUAUUGAAUUUAUUGACUUUAAAGGAGAUUGUCGAGCAUCUAGUCUUGGUGAUCUUGCUUACUUGAUUGAUGAGUUGAUUUUAGAAAUAAUUGAAUACCUUGAUCCAAAAGAUUUACUAAACCUUUCCUCUACUAGCAAGGUUUUAUAUUGUUUUGCGACUUUUGAUGAGCUAUGGAAACAAUUCACUAUAGAAAGAUUUGGCGGAGGAAAUGAUGUGUUAUUUCAACCGUUUCUUUGCAGUUCAAUUGAACUGGAUCAACAAUACCUUGGAAAUGAAACCAUAGAUCGUAGAUCAAAUCUUACUAUGGAUGAAUUUAUUAACGAGUAUGCCAUUCCAAACAAGCCAGUAAUUAUCACAGACAUAGUUACUAAUUGGCCAGCUUUUAAAAAAUGGUCAUUGGAAUAUUUGGUUGAAAAUUUUGGUGAUGUUAAGUUUCGUGCAGAAGCAAUUGAUAUUAAAUUAAAGAAUUAUAUUCAGUAUGCAAAAAAUACUAUGGAUGAGAGCCCACUGUAUUUGUUUGAUAAGAAUUUUGGUGAUACUUGUAAUGGAUUGUUGCAAGACUUUUCUGUCCCAAAAUAUUUUAAUGAAGAUUUCUUCAAUUUAUUUGGCGAACAAAGACCUGAUUAUAGGAUGUUUAUUCAUCAAGAUAAUAGAGUUGAGAAUGCAGCAACCUUUGAUAUACAAAAAGAAGAUCACACAAUGGGGAAUUUAAUAAGACAUAAACUUUUACAAGAACCACAUGUAAUAUUUGCAGGAUAUAAAAUAUAUAUAAUUGAUUUGGGUCGUGCCAGAGCUUUAGCAAUUCCAUUAGAAAGCAAACAAAAAGAAGAACAUGUUGCGACACCAGUACCUAAACCAUCAAAACCACAAAGAGAACAACAAUCUGUACCGUCCUCACAAGGUGGUGUUGGAAUG